AUGGUGUUUGGCAAGUUUAUGCCACCAUUCAUUCUUAUUGCUGUGUUCCACCAACCAGCUUUAGCCACAAAAAAGGCCUAUGUUGUCUACAUGGGAGCACAUUCUCAUGGCCUAGAAGCAACAUCUGCUGAUCUAGACCAAAUUACCACCUCACACAUCCAGUCUCUUUCAUCAUUUCUAGGAAGUGAAGAGAAGGCUAGAGAUGCACUAAUCCACUCUUAUCAAAGGCACAUUAAUGGAUUUUCUGCUUUUCUCGAAGAGGAAGAAGCUGCAGAACUUGCAAGGAUGUUAGAUCCACACAUAUUGGUGUCUGUGUUCUUGAAUCAAGGGAAGAAGCUACACACAACACAUUCAUGGGAGUUUCUGAUGUUGGAAAAUAAUGGUGUGAUUAAACCUUCUUCGAUAUGGAAGAAAGCCAGAUUCGGCGAAGAUACGAUCAUAGCAAAUAUUGAUACAGUUGUUACGGUUUGA